AUGGACGACGACGAUGAUUUCGGCGAUCUAUACGCUGACGUGGAAGUACAAGCCAGCUCAGCAAUCAUCAAUGCCAUACAAACCGAAGUAGUCAACGACGUCGUUGACUACAAUACAAUCGAAAAUGCAGUAAACGAAGAAGAGAAAUGUGAGAGCGAGAGCGAAAGUGAAAGUGAAGAUGACUUAAACAUAUUAUUAAAUGAUAAUGAAUGUGAUAAUCAUGGAUUUGAUGAAGAUGAAAUUAUUGAGGAAAAUGAAGGUUUAGGACAAUGUUCAAAUAGCACCGAAAACAGCAAUGGAGAAAAAAACAGUUACAAGAACACGAGACCUCCACAAGCAGCAAAUUCAAGUCAUCUCAAAGCCAAUGGAUCUUCUUGUGUACAUUCUUACUCUACAGCAAUGGUCAAGUGCAACUGGGAGGAUAAUGGCUACACGCAAAGGGUGGGCUCAGGCUUUGCUGCUCAAAAUGGACAGAACUUCUCACUUCCUCGGUCGAGGAAUAUCUUGGACGUGAAUAUUGAUAUGUUUGAGAAGAAACCUUGGCAGUAUCCAGGCGCUGACUUGACAGAUUAUUUUAAUUUUGGAUUUGAUGAAGAUAGCUGGAAACAGUAUUGCAACUGCCUGGAUAAGCACCGAGAACAAGCAAAAAGGGUAGUCAAAGAUUCAGACUACAAGACUUCAAAAAAUAGUAAGCCAAAAGGUAGAGAAAUAGAGGUGGAAGAGAGCAUUAUUGAGCGUCAACCAUCAACAGAUGUGGGACGUCCACAGGAUCGGGAUUCUGGUGUUGUCAUACAGAUUGCUUUGCAGGAGUCAGUGGAAGAUCGCGCAGAUUCUCCAAAAGUGCAGCGGGAAGCAUCCGAGAAUGGAGAUGUUGGGGGAGAUAGAAGGGAUUUUCUUUGUUUCAGUAGUGCCAGUGAAGAUGAGCUAGCCAGCUUGGAAGGAACUGUGGGAGGAUCAGGCAACUCCUCAUCUGGAAGGAACACACCUGUUCGUGAGCAUGUGUCUAUGGACUCAGAUAACUACGGAAAUUAUGAGUUCUCUGAUGCAGAUGAGCAUCACCACCAAGAGGGGGCCUACUGUAAUGUCGAACAAACCUCGGGAGCAAUUGAAUCUUCUCAUGAUGCAAAUAAAAGCAGUGAGAGAGACAUAUCUGAUCCAAGAAAACCUAUACAGUUACAAGAACCUCUGCAUGGUGGAGGCAGAGAUCAUAGCCCAGGUUCAUCUUCUUGUUCUCUAAGUCAUGGUGGCACAUCUGGAGAUGGGACUUUUCUUGACUUCGAGAAAUCUCAUUAUCAUCAUACAAGGUUAUUAUCAAAUGCAGAAUCUAGGUUAUGGGAGAAGGGUAAAACUGAUUACGUGCCAGUUUCUGGAACCCAUCAUAUCAGAACAAAGUCUGGCAAUCCUAAAUAUUUUACACGAGGUAGAAGGUCUGUGCAAAGAGACCUGGUGCAUGACAGAAGGCGGCCUGAUAGAAUGAGUGAAACAAUUCCUGCUCACCUGAAAGAUGACGAUUCCCGUAAAUCUGAUGCUAGGAUACUGUAUGAAAGGCGUAAUUCAACUGUGAUCCAAAACAGACAGAGGGAUAGACAAUAUGCGUUUGACUCUCAUGAAAGGGAAGAUACUUCACAUUUUAAGAGGGCAGUACCCUUUUACUCUAAAGCAGGCCGAUUUUCUGAUUAUCCAUGCCGGGAUUCUUAUACAAAAAAUCCUGAGAAGGAAUGUCAGUUAAAAUGCAGAUAUGACAAAAAUUGGUCUGGCAGUCGAACCGCAAAAAGAAAGCUAGAUCCUCUUGAACUAUCAAUAUAUACCGAUGAUGAAUUAUUGGAAAGAGAUAGACCCCAUUAUGGGAGAAGACUCACUGUUCAGGACAUGGACAGUGUUUCUUUUCAUGAAUCGGAAAAAUGGAUUGAUAAGUAUAUUCCCUAUUUAGAUGAUGAGAAACCCGGUCAACGAAUGUGGAAAAUAGAUCAGCUGCAGAGUAGCAAGAGAGUGCGGAGUGAUGAUCUUGCAACUGAAUGUAAUUACAUCUACGAUAUCACGGAAAAGACCGAUAACAGAUACCGACCAUUCGACAACCGGGAUACUAAUAUUUUAGAAGAUGGCUAUCAUGUAAAUUUGACUUAUUUCAGAAGAGAAAUUAGAAGCCCAAGUAGGAGAAAAAGGAGGAGAGAUUACAGUCCCAGCAAAAGUUUAAAUGAUAUAUGUUACAUGGAUCUAAAGGAUGAGGAAGGGAGAUUUGACGGGUAUCAACCUCUAUCUGUUCGUUUGUAUAGAGAAUCUUGUACAGCUAGCACAAGGUGGCAGAGCCCUGAACUGCCAUGUGGCAGACGCAGAAUAUUCAGUGGGACUAGGAAAUGUGAUGGUGGUCAGUUUGCUAAUUUGACCAACUCCAUUGGUGCCGAUCAGUCGAUUAAGUAUCCUGGCAAUCAGGAUUAUUUUAAAAGAAGAGGGUGCCAGCAAUCUGAAGGGUUGCGAUGGGUUGAAGAUGAAAAUUGCUCAAGGUAUCAUCAAAAUAUACUAGAUGCUGAGAAGACGUCAUGUUUGUUCAGAAGAACUUCAAGUGACAGAAGGUUUGAGUCAUUUGACAAUAAACAUGAACCCAACCUAGUAGAAAAGGUUUCGGAUGACAGGCAUGUGGAUCAGGAAAAAUACAAAUUGAUGGGGGAAGGCAAUAAUGCCAGUAAAUUUGGUCAAGGGUCUAAACCUUUUCAUAGAGAUAAUCAUUGGAGGAGAUUCCCAAGGGGGAAAGAUUCUGUUGACACAGGCUUGGUUGUUGAGAACAGAGAGUCCUCUGGAAGAUGCUCCAAAGCAGGGGAUGUAUCAUACUUUGGCAGGUCUGGCUACUUGGAUUCAGAUAGUUAUGUGGAGCUGAAGCCUAUUGAUGGAACUAUCGAACCCCAUUUCAGGAAGACACUUGGAACUCGAAACCUGACAAGUGAUCCUAAACAAAAUGAUAAAGCAAGGCUUGAUAAAUUUUUAGAUGCCGAGCAGGAAGAGUCUCUGGAUAUUGAAGAAGGUCAGAUUAUUUCUGAAGAAAUUAACGAGAAAGUCAUUAAAAGGAGAAUCACAUGUUCUGGCAAAUCGCAAAUCAGUGAAACGAAGAAUUUGGCUAAUGAUAAAAAUCUGGAGGGACAGGACAGCCCUAGGAUUUUGGAGAUCAUGGCAAAGAUGGAAAAGCGUAGAGAGCGUUUCAAGCAGCCUAUUGCUCUCAAAAGUGAUUCAAAGAAUGUCUCUAAGCCUUCUGUUGAUUCGUUUGCUGGCACAACAGAAGCGAUGCAACCUAGACCAGCACGAAAUAGGAGAUGGGUUACAAGCGAGGCCAACUAAAGAGAAUGUUUAAUGCUUUUGGUGUGAGGUUAUACUAGAGGAGCUGCGUCUUAGUUCACCUUCACAAUUGGAUCUGUAUAUAGUGGCAUUCCGCAUUUCCACCAAAGUUGAUUGCAGAAAUGGUUGCUGAUGGUAUACUUGGGGUUAAGAAGUCUCCCAUGAACAAGAGGGAAAAAGAAAACACAUCUAACAAAGAAUACUUUAUGUUGUUCUAAAUUUCGUUUUUCCUCUGAAGUAUAGUUGCUUAUAUUGAUAUCAAAAGAUGUAAGUUGCUUAUAGCAGGCUUCCACUGAUGGUGGUCUGAUUUGAGUUUUUAUAAUACCCAAUUUUUAGAAGCUUU